AUGGAGCGUAAUCCCGCCAUUCAAGAUGAGGACGUCUCUCAGUUUUGUGCUAUGACCGGAGUACGUCCUGAGCAUGCACAGGAGUACCUCGCAGCCAAUGGAGGGGAUCUUGAGGCCGCGGUGACUGAAUUCUUUGCCGAACAGGAUGAAGCUUUACAGGAGGGAAACACAGGUGCUGGCCAGACUCUUGGAGAAAGUGAAUCUGCGCCGUCCGCAGGCCGGUCCCUAGGUGGCAGCUCCUCUCAGUCACCAUCCUUUACCCCGCAACCAUCCUCCACAUCACGCAAAUCCGCUCAGAAAAAGAAGUUCGCGACACUGGGUGAUUUCUCCUCCGGUGGUGGUGAUGACUCGGAGGAGGAAGAUGACGCAGUGAACCAGGAUUUGUUUGCUGGUGGUGAAAAGUCCGGACUAGCUGUGCAGAACCCCGAUGAUAUCAAGAAGAAGAUCAUCGAAAAAGCAAGACGGUCUCAAGUCCCAGCAUCGGAUAACUCGGAACCCCGACGGUCCUUCUUUACAGGUCCCGCUCGCACUCUCGGCGGCGAUGACACCCCCAGUCGGGUCAUUGAUGUUCCUAACGAACCUGCCGCGCGACUACCACAGCGCGUUCAGCGGACACUACACUUCUGGGCUGAUGGGUUCUCUGUGGACGACGGUGAUCUUUACCACUCUGAUGACCCCCGAAACGCGGAAAUUCUCGAUGGUAUUCGCCAGGGUCGCGCUCCCCUUUCCAUCAUGAAUGUGCAACCGGGUCAGGAGGUCGAUGUGGAGAUUAAACAGCAUGAGGAGAAAUAUGUGAAACCAAAGCCGAAAUACAAGCCUUUCGCUGGUCAUGGACAACGUCUAGGAAGCCCGACCCCGGGUGUGAGAACGCCAACUCCUCCGACUGCCCCUGCUGCCGGCCAGAUCAACUCAGAGCCUGCCAAGCCUAGUGUGGAUGAAUCGCAGCCGAUUGUCACCCUUCAGGUUCGUCUCGGUGACGGAACACGCCUGACGUCCCGAUUCAACACCACGCAUACCAUCGGGGAUGUCUAUCAGUUUGUCUCUGCUGCCAGUUCGGGCAGCCAGAGCCGUCCCUGGGUGUUGAUGACCACGUUCCCAAGUAAAGAGCUUACUGACAAGACGGCUACCCUUGGAGAUCUGGCCGAGUUUAGGCGAGGAGGUGUCGUGACAAACAAUUGCUACCGGCUAAAUGCCUCUAGACGGCGUCAAAAAUAUUGUGCUGGAGGCGUCGGCAAAUCCUCCGUCACCCUCCAACUCGCACUGGCCCUCACCUUACAAGGCAAGUCAGUCGGUAUACUCGAUAUCGACCUAACAGGCCCCUCGAUCCCCCGUCUCGUGGGAUUCGAAGAUGCAAAGAUCACCCAAGCGCCCGGGGGCUGGGUCCCCGUAACAGUGCAUCCGGCGUCUGCAAACGACGGCGCACAACGAGGAUCGCUCCGCUGCAUGUCACUGGGGUUCCUGCUCCGCGAUCGCGGCGACGCUGUCAUCUGGCGCGGACCAAAGAAAACAGCCAUGAUCCGACAGUUCCUGUCUGACGUUUAUUGGGGGGAGACGGACUACCUCCUCGUAGAUACACCGCCUGGCACGAGUGAUGAACAUAUUGCUUUAGCGGAACAGUUGCUUAGAUCGGCAACCACGAAUCCGGCUGCUGCGUCGCCGACUGUGCCGAGACUGGCGGGUGCGGUUUUGGUCACCACGCCCCAGGCGGUUGCGACGUCUGAUGUUCGGAAGGAGGUGAAUUUCUGUGUGAAGACGCAGAUUCCUAUGCUAGGUGUUAUUGAGAAUAUGUCGGGUUAUACGUGUCCGUGUUGUGGGGAGGUGACGAAUUUGUUUUCGAGUGGUGGGGGGCAAGUAAUGGCUCAGGAGACAGGCGUGAAGUUUUUGGGCGCUGUGCCGGUGGAUAUCCAGUUUGGAGAGUUAGUGGAGGGGAAGGUGGUUGACGAGAGUGACGAUGAAGAUGCAGACGGUACACAGUCGGGGCAGAGACACGAGCAGAAGCAGGAUGCGGUGAUGGAUGAAAGGCCGUUGGUGGAAAGAUAUAAGGAUUGUUGGUCAUAUUCCCGGUUUGAGGGAUUUGCGAAAACACUGCUAUCUGAGAUAGAGGGUGGCAUGGCGAACUAG